CCAUUUGUUUUGGUGGGCGACCGAAGUGCUAGAACCCUGUGGGGAGAUAAAGCGGGUGUCAGGCGGUACUGCCUGCCGGGUGGACGAUCACAGAGGAUGUUAAACGUGGAGAGCUUGGAUCGGGUGGAUCUCUGCGAGAGUCUGUUGACGUGGAUACAGACUUUUCAUGUAGAGGCACCAUGCAAAACAGUCGAAGACCUCACAAGUGGGGUGGCAAUGGCAAUGGUCCUCCAGAAAAUAGAUCCUGCAUACUUCGAUGAAAACUGGUUAAACAGGAUUAAAACCGAUGUUGGUGACAAUUGGAGGCUGAAGAUAAGCAAUUUGAAGAAGAUUUUAAAAGGAAUACUGGACUACAAUCAUGAGGUUUUGGGACAUCAGAUAAAUGACUUUACCUUGCCUGAUGUUAAUUUGGUUGGCGAGCACUCGGACGCCUCAGAACUUGGCCGAAUGUUACAACUUAUUUUAGGUUGUGCUGUGAAAUGUGAGCAAAAGCAAGAGUACAUCCAAACAAUCAUGAUGAUGGAGGAGUCAGUUCAGCACAUGGUGAUGACAGCCAUACAGGAGCUGAUGAGUAAGGAAACGCCUGUCUCCAUUGGAACUGACGCAUAUGCGGAGCUGGAUCGCCAGUUGAAGAAGACCCUUGAGGAGUUGAACGACGCUUUAGCAGCAAAAGAAGAAAUAGCCCAACGAUGCCACGAAUUAGAUAUGCAGGCGUAUUCUCUUCAAGACGAGCGAGAUAAACUGAGGUUUGAAUGUAAUGAGCUAGACGAAAGGGUUGCUGGACUUCAAGAAGAGAAGAGCAGUUUGCUUGCUGAGAACCAGGUUCUGAUGGAACGUUUGAACCAGUCCGACUCCCUAGAAGAUCCCAACAGCCCAGCAGGUAGACGGCAUCUGCAACUUCAAACCCAGCUUGAGCAACUGCAGGAGGAAACAUUUAGGCUCGAGGCGUCCAAAGAUGAUUAUAGGAUACGAUGUGAAGAGCUAGAGAAGGAAAUUGCGGAAUUAAGACAACAGAAUGAAGAUUUAACCACACUUGCAGAUGAGGCUCAGUCACUCAAAGAUGAAAUAGAUGUCUUAAGGCAUUCAUCUGACAAAGUGUCCAAGCUUGAGAGCCAAGUCGAGGCAUAUAAGAAGAAACUGGAGGACCUUGGAGAUUUACGAAGGCAGGUGAAGCUUUUAGAGGAAAAAAACACCAUGUAUAUGCAGAAUACCGUCAGCUUAGAAGAAGAACUCAGGAAAGCCAACGCUUCUAAAGGCCAGCUGGAAACCUACAAGAGACAGGUGGUAGAACUUCAGAAUCGACUCUCCGAGGAAUCUAAAAAAGCUGAUAAGUUGGAUUUUGAGUACAAACGACUAAAAGAAAAAAUUGACAGCUUACAGAAGGAGAAAGAUAGGUUAAGAACAGAAAGAGAUUCGCUGAAGGAAACCAUAGAGGAGCUUCGAUGUGUUCAAGCUCAGGAAGGGCAGCUCACCACAGCAGGUUUGCUGCCUUUGGGCAACCAGGAAACAUCAGACAGCUUGGCAGCAGAAAUAGUGACACCUGAAAUAAAGGAAAAACUAAUUCGCCUCCAACACGAAAACAAGAUGCUGAAAAUUAACCAAGAAGGAUCCGACAAUGAAAAAAUAUCCCUUUUACAAAGUCUGCUUGAUGAUGCAAACAUGCGCAAAAAUGAACUGGAGACUGAAAACAGGUUGGUUAACCAAAGGCUUUUGGAAGUACAGUCCCAAGUAGAAGAACUACAGAAAUCUUUACAAGAACAAGGGGCCAAAGCCGAGGAUUCAAAUCUAUUGAAGAAGAAGCUUGAAGAACACCUCGAAAAGCUUCAUGAAGCCAAUAAUGAACUACAAAAGAAACGUGCAAUUAUUGAAGAAUUGGAGCCCCGGUACAACAACAGCUCAAUGAAAAUUGAAGAACUGCAAGAUGCUUUGCGGAAAAAAGAAGAGGAUAUGAAGCAAAUGGAGGAGCGCUACAAAAAGUAUCUGGAGAAAGCAAAAAGCGUUAUCCGCACGUUGGAUCCAAAACAGAAUCAAGGGUCGGGUCCAGAGAUUCAAGCCUUAAAAAAUCAGCUCCAAGAAAGGGAUAAAAUGUUACUUUCCUUAGAGAAAGAAUACGAGAAAUCAAAAACACAAAGGGAUCAAGAAGAAAAAUUGAUUGUUAGUGCUUGGUACAAUAUGGGUAUGACCUUGCAUAAAAAGGCAGCAGAAGACAGAAUUGCAAGCACGGGCACGGGGCAAUCAUUCCUUGCCAGGCAAAGACAAGCCACAAGCACAAGGAGAUCCUACCCAGGGCACGUCCAACCCGCCACAGCGAGUGAUGUCAUUGCAUGAACGCAGCUUGGUUUUGCAGUCAGGGACUGUGCAUUGCAUGAUAUUUAUUUUUUUUUGUUUGGACCGGCCUAACCUUCAAACUAACCGACAUUAGUGGCUGCAAUGUAAUAUGCGUUUACCCAUGAGAACAAAGCUUGAACAUUUUACCGAUUCCUUUCCACGUUGCUCCUUGGUUUUAGAAGCCUGCUGAACAUGUAUUGUGAAUGUUUUUACUUAGAAUUUUAAUUGUAUGUGGGGAAAAAAAUUCUUAAGCAUUAAAUAUAUUCAGCUUGAUGACAAAAGUAAUGUGAUUUAUGACAGAAAAUAACAGACUUAUUUGAUUAGGCGGGAUUAGACCAAGCUUUCAUGUAAUACAUUUUGUAGGAAGAAAAGAA